CUUGCGGACUGUGGCGCAACUGGUCUCGACCGCGGAGGCACCCGAAUGCUGCCCGGGUGAGGAACCUGGGAAAGAAAACAAUCUCAACAAUGAAUAGGUUACCCAUCACCACCAACUACAGAUGACUUACCAUUUCAUUUACAAAGAUGUCGUCUGCUGCUGAAAAUGGAGAUGCAGCUCCUGGAAAACAAAAUGAAGAAAAAACCUAUAAAAAGACUGCAUCAUCUGCUAUUAAAGGUGCUAUUCAGCUGGGAAUAGGAUACACAGUGGGUAAUCUCACUUCCAAGCCAGAACGAGAUGUUCUCAUGCAAGACUUUUAUGUGGUGGAAAGUGUGUUCCUACCCAGCGAAGGAAGCAACCUGACCCCAGCACAUCACUAUCCAGACUUCAGAUUUAAGACAUAUGCUCCAUUAGCAUUCCGAUAUUUCAGAGAACUUUUUGGUAUCAAACCUGAUGAUUACUUGUAUUCCAUCUGCAGUGAACCUCUAAUAGAGCUAUCCAACCCUGGAGCAAGUGGAUCCUUGUUUUUUGUGACCAGUGAUGAUGAAUUUAUCAUCAAAACAGUCCAGCAUAAGGAAGCUGAGUUCCUUCAGAAGCUACUGCCAGGCUAUUACAUGAAUUUAAACCAGAAUCCAAGGACUCUUUUGCCAAAAUUCUAUGGACUUUACUGCAUGCAGUCAGGGGGCAUUAACAUCAGGAUUGUGGUGAUGAACAAUGUUUUGCCACGCUCCAUGAGGAUGCACUUUACGUAUGACUUGAAAGGCUCCACCUAUAAGCGAAGAGCCUCCCGAAAAGAGAGAGAGAAAUCCAACCCCACGUUUAAGGACUUAGAUUUCCUGCAAGACAUGCACGAAGGAUUGUAUUUUGAUACAGAAACAUACAAUGCGCUUAUGAAAACACUUCAGAGAGACUGCCGG